UCUGCCAAAAUUUCGUCGUUACAAUUACUUUAUUCUACUUUGGUAUUCUUUCCACAUCUCGUCCAUACAUCAGUACCGUUUCGGGUGCGGCGAGAUAGUGCCGAUGAUGAAUUGGCGACAUCACACGAAUGCUAUCAUCGGUAUACCGAAGACAAUCAUCACAAAAUCUUCUCAGCAUUUUUACAUCGGAAGAACUCGUCACACUACUCACCAAUCGCACCAUCCUAUCAACAAGCGCUGUUGAAGUUACAGCUAAACGGCUUGAGACAUGGCGAACAAAUCACAACCAGUUCGACGUCAUGUAACAGUAAAAAGCUGGAAGUUGUCAGCGCAGAGACGCCACUGAGAGAAAGAGCAUUGUGCAAAUUCGAAUACAUUCUCAAUUACAACCCAAGACGACUUCCUGCAGCGCUGACAGAGGUGAAGUGUAGUUGUCAUCGGUCAAAUUCGAAACUUGUCGGCAAGCGAAUAUUCGAGUGUGAACACUUACGAUAUCAAGUACGAGUGUUAAUGUUUGACGAGACCUGCAACACGUUUCGAGAGCAUAUAGAAACCAUCGCACUGGCUUGCAUACCAGUCAUACAGGCGAACGCAAAUGCUGAUGGCGAAGCCGAAUUCAUGUUCCCGAUUAAAGCCGAAGUACCGGUG